UUUGAAUCAUCUUUUUUUUUAUUGACUUGUCAAACAUUGCAAUGAGUCCUAUGUGAAUGCACACUUCAAUUCUCUCCCUCUCACUCAGGAGUGGACUGUCGGAGCUAGUGUGAGGAAGUACAUAGCUCAUCUUAGAUAAGUUUUGUAACAAGAGCCAGUCCUUGCUCUUCUCUGAGUAAUGCUCACAACAAGGAAAUACACUUAUCUGAAACAAGCUCUACUAGCUUUCCACCUGGAUGACUUGUCCCAUGAAUGAAGUCAGUGUGACCUAAACAGUCCCUUAUUCUUGUCAUUUUUUCCCCUGUGCAAGUAAUUGUAAAGCAAUACACUUGAGAUGGCCAUUCGCUGGAAAUUUUGCCCAAUUCCAUCACCAAGGAUUAAGCUGAAAGCAAUGACCAGUGUUGUUUGGGUAAAUAGCUACCAUGCUCGGAAACUUGCUCUCCUAGUGCUGUCCUUGUUUAUGUGCUACGAGGUGUUUUACUUCUUUCACCGAGGAAAUGGCAUUCUAGAAGAUAGGAAUAAACAACUCCAAGAAAUUGAGAAGCAAAUCGCUGAAAGUUACUCGCCCAACAGGUACGACGGGCAGGCAUUAAAAUGCCAGCACCCAAUUUUGGAUGUGGACAAUCCAGAAAUGAUGAAGUACAUGAAAUACCAGCCUCCGAUAGACUGUGGGCCAGAAAAAGACUGGGUAGAAGUAAAUGGAAGUAUUGCUCGAAUAACAGAUGAAGCAAAAGAAAAGCAUGGUGACAUCUUGUGUUUAUUCACUGAUAUUUUAAGAAAAUCUGAUGAUUCUGUCUUUGCUGGUUGGAGUACAAAAACAAGGACUGAGCACAAUUUUGCAGGGAGUGACUUUGUUCGAGCAGAUUGUGAAGCGCAAGAUGCUGCAUCAUGGUCCAGUUUUUUGAUGGGUGUUCGUCAUGAUCAGGACAUACUGGAUAGAAUUGGAUGGGAACAUGUGCCAGUCGAUGGGCUUAAAUUGAAUGUUAUGAUCAUGGGAGCUGAUUCCAUGUCAAGGUUAAAAAUGAUACGCAAAUUACCGAAGACCUAUGACAAAUUAAAGAAAAUGGGAGCGAUUAUCCUGGAAGGUUACAACAUUAUUGGAGAUGGAACACCGCAAGCUUUGAUCCCUAUCUUAACUGGUAAAACAGAGCUCCAGCUUCCAGAUACACGCAAGAGAAUGGGGUCAAAAGCUAGUCAUGUGGAUGUUUAUCCUUUUAUUUGGAAGGAUUUUCAAAAAAGUGGAUAUGUCACUAUUCCUAUACCCCCCUCCCCCAUAACGCCCCAUUUUUGGGCGCGUACUUUUGCCCCAUUCUGGCUGCGUACUCUUGCCCCAUUUCUCCUCAUGGAUUUCCCCAGGAACGUUUUCCAAGUUUACCGCGACAAACCAAAAUUUGUGUUCAGUUUUCUUGGCGAAAUUUCUCAUGAUUCCUAUAACCUCGUCCAAGCGAUUGAUGACGACUUCGUAGAUUGGUUAAGAUGGUUUGAAGACGGUAAUUAUUUGAAUAACACUCUCCUAAUCGUCAUGAGUGACCAUGGACCAAGGUUUGCAGAGACAAGAAAUACUCAGCAAGGGAAACUUGAAGAACGACUUCCAUUUUUCUCCUUUAUUUUUCCGCCAUGGUUUGAAAAAAUGUAUCCAGAAGCAAUUAAAAAUUUCCGGUAUAACGUUCACAGUCUGACGUCUCCAUUUGAUAUUCAUGCAACUCUUAGAGAUGUGCUCCACUUUACCGGAGAUGGUCCUGGAAAUAUCAGCAACAGGGGUAUAUCACUUUUCAAGAAGAUCCCUCCAGAGCGAACAUGCAGGGAUGCUUUCAUCGAGCCCCAUUGGUGUGCCUGUCUUGACUGGGAAAGGUUAAGUGUAAGCAGCUAUGUUGUGAAGAACAUCGGCGAGCUCUUCGUUAAACAUGUGAAUUCGUAUAAUGCCGAGUUCACUGAUUUAUGUGCCAAACUAACUAUUAAGCAGAUUCAUUGGGCAACGAAAAUGGUGCCGAAUAGAAGUGUAAUGAAAUUUAAAGGUGCUCGUGAUAAUGACGGAUUCGUACCAGACCUGUCUGACAGUGUUCAUGUAACAAUGGAAACGUACCAGCUUAAAGUGACAACCUCCCCUGGUGAUGGAAUUUUUGAGUUUUCAGUCAAUUACGAUGUGAAUGGCAACUCAUACAAGUUGAAGAUGGAAGACAUCAGCCGUAUCAAUGAGUAUGGUGAGCAGGAUGGUUGUAUCGAGAACACCUUGCACAAUUUACGCAAAUUUUGCUACUGCAAGGAUCUUUUGUAAGAAGAAAAAUGUUAAUCUGAAGCCAUUUAGUUCGUUCCAUUGGCGUUCAACGCAGUUCACGGUGCUAAUUUUUUCUAGAAGAUUUUUGAUGAAGUUUUCAGGCUUUUUAAAAGUCUGGGCUACCGAUCUGACGUAAACUCAUUGUCGGUUCUAGGCGUUUGGUUAAAACCAAAUUUAAAGUUUUGUGAUUCAAAGCAAAAUUUGCUUUUUGAUUACCACUGAGGGCCUGUUGGUCCUUUUUUUUUAUACUCUUCCUUCAAUGGUAGCUAAGUUUCUCUUUCUGUCUUUUUUAACGAUUUUGAUCGUUACCAAAAUUAUGUGAUUAUACCGAAAUACUGAUCUUUUUAGUUCCCUUGUUUUUAUAGGUAGUUUUCAAAUUAUGUAUCUGUUUGUGUUAUAGUUUAAGCCUUGCUCAUGAAUAUUUUGAAUUUGGGUACCUAUGUACUUACCAAGGUGAAAUGAACACCUUAAAUUUUAUCAAAUUUUUUCAGAGAUACUCUCUCAUUCUAAAUGUAAAUAAAAUUAGUGUGGUUCAGUAAUUCAAUGUUGCUAACUUUAAAUUUUAAGGGUUUACUGAAUUUCAAACAGAGAUUUCUAAACUUGAGAAGAAAAGGAAAUUAGUGAUUGUGAUCCUUUCUCUUUUAACAGUCUCGACAAGGCAUAGUAUUCAAUAGCUAAACCAGGAAACAGCAGUCAUUGGUUUAUGAGAUUAUCGGCUUCCCUUCCUUCUCUAUAUAAUGUUGAAUAACUAAUCAACAUAAUAAUUUCUUAAAAAUUUCUGUGAUUUUUCUUUGUUUUUCUUGUUCAGGACCAUUUUGUAGAUUUCAAGCCAAGUUUGCCAUUCCCUGUCAAAAAAGUUUAUUAAGAGUAGAGAUUUUGAAACACUGCACUUAAAUUUUUUUAAAGUUUAGUUAUUGGUAUGUGCCUGCCUGUUAUCAUUUUAGACUAAACCAAUGAACAGUAAAUAAGAACAACAAACCAAAGCUUUAUGCUGCCAAAGUCUCCAAAAUCAUUCAUAUAUAGAUCUUUAGCAUAUUUUUUUCUCUCUCUGUAAAUGCACGUGUUUUAUUAGAUGCUGAUCAAACUCAUCAAGAAUUCUCACCUUUUUAAAAUAGCUUUUUACGUAAGAAUUCUCGAUAACUGUGAAUCGUUAGAAAAAUUGUCUACCUCUUAGUGGUGAAUUUGAUCGGUACUUUGACUAAAUGGACCACUAGACAAGGUGUGAAUUUGAGUAUUACGAGUUCUGUAUUCUCAUCAAAAUUUCAAGUAGAAUACUAUUGAAAGCCUCUGCACUAUAAUUUAUGCCAACGACUUAUUAAGAAACUGAUGGCCCAUAUUAAGUUUAAGGUGGAAUUUUAGAUAGGUGUAAGUCAAAGCUAUUUCACAGAGAAACACAAGCUCUGAAAUUUAUUAUAUGAAGCCUUGCUGUUUUUAAUUCUUGUAGGCGUAACGAUGACUUAUUUAUUAUUUUUUUUUUUUCUGUAUCAAGUCACAACAAAACUAAUUGAGGUGUCAGAAAAAUUGAGUUUUUUGGAAAUUAAUGUUUUUCCAUGUCUUGGUUACCUUUCACCUUUUUUUUCGCUUAAGUUCAGGCUCUUAGAUAACUAGUCAGGUUUGUUCUAUUGUCGAUGUGUCUUGCAUAAUAGCUUUAUCGCUCUUUUUGUCUCGAGAGCCUCUGAUAUUUUAGUUUUUGUGAACUUAUAUAUCAUUUAGUACUAUUAAUCUAGGUAACUUUUAGUAUACCUAAUUAAAGCUCCAAGCUUAUUACUAUUUUACUGUUUUAUUGUUUUUAACUCUGUUUUGUUUUUGUACUUUUGUUUUCUUUUGGGAAUGUCCGAUUAUACUCUUAUUGUUAUAAGUUUCUCCUAAAAAUCAUAGUGUGUGAAAGAGCGAGCUGUAGCUGAGCAACACCAAGAAAAAUCCUCAUAGACCAGUCAAUACUCAAAGUAACUUUUACCAGUUUGUCUGAAAACAGCAAAAAAAAAAGAAAAAAAAAAACUACAAUGUGCUAGUUUCAGCACUGACAGGCUGAAAUUCCUGUUUACUUUCUUGGUUCCAGUCCACCCCUAGCUCAAUCAGCUGGUUUUUAUGAAAUAAAUAGACAACUGGUAAUGACAUAAUUUGCUCUAAAAAUAGUGGUACCUCUGUUAAGUGCAUUUUAAGUCAUUGUCUUUCUAAUUUUGAAAAUUUGUUUUUCUCUUUUUACAAAAAUAUGCUCUUUUUUAGAUAAACAAUGACUGAGGGCCCAUAUUUCUAAUUGUGUUCUUUACAGCUUGUACUCUAUUCAAUAGUUGAACUAUGAAGAAAAUUUUACUUGCGUUGGUAUUGAAAUCAUGUGGUAAAGAGCUUGGUGGUGUCAUUUCAUUAUUCAAUCAUUAAUUGAUUGAUAUACUUUAAGCACAUUAUCUUCAGUAAAUGUGUUGAAAUUAAAGAAAAAAAAAAAAUGUAUCUAGCUAGAUAUAUCUUCUCUGCUCAGCUGUUUUUGCAACCAAACUUAUUUUGGAACUGUCAUCCCAGUUUUUUCGUACAUUUUAAAUUAUUUAUUCUUUUUUCAUGGGUACUGUGAUAGUCAUUUUCCUCUUUUCUCUAAAUGCUGGUAAAAUUUCAAAAUGAUGAAAAUUUUAGAGACAUCAAGGAUUUUCAAAUUUUUUUGGAAGCUAUUCACAGGAUUUUGCUGUGUAAUUUGCGACUAAUUUAUCCUAAAAUUGACUGUAAACUCUAUUCUAAUGAAAAGAAAGCUGAAUUUCCUGAUAAAGUACUAUCAUAAACUUUGUUUUUCAAUUUUAGGUAUUGCCAAUUUUCAAACCUUCUGCAAUUUUUAUCGUGGAUCUAUCUAGUUAGGUCUUAAUUUUUUCAAUCUCUUUACUUUUUCCAUUCCCUUGCUUCAUCAUAUUUUACAAGACCCUCUCUUCUGACUUGAUUGCAAAACUGAGAUCAUUUUGUUUAGUACAUACAUUUUGUAUACUCUUUUUUGUCAUUAGAAUCUAGUCCUGUACAAUCCAUGGCAAACCUUUUUUCCCCCAAAUCAUUUGCACCUCUGAUAAUUAAGAUAAAAUCAGUAUUUAAUUUAAGUGUUGAUUAUAAGGGCUGAUUUGGCAGUUGCAACUUCAGCAGUGUUCAGCAUCAUGUAAUUAAUAUGUAAUUGUACAUUCAUUUAUAAAGGGGCGGAUUUAUCUAGUAGCUGCUCAUGAGCUGUUUGUCUUUUGCUGCCAUUUUUUCAGGAGAGUCUUGUAUCCAGUUUGCUACUAGGAACUAGGUACGUAUUGAAAGUGAAAUCUUUUUGAGUUUGAUUUUGUAUGAGCCAACUUCACAGCAGGACAACCAAAACUGAGUAGAACCCCUCACCUCUGCAAAUUCGUUGCCCCCAAAUUUUGCCACCUUGGGCUGCAGCCAUCGUGGCUCAUGCCUAAAUCCGCCCUCUCAUUCAUACCUGAUUAGUUAGUACUUGAUUUCUACUUGUCAGUAUUCAUUAUUCAUUUUUAAUUUUUCGAAUAUAUAAAUUUCAAUUCAUCCAUUCUGGGCCGAUUCCCUGUUUGGAUAAUUGAGGUUCACUGUAUGUAUCGGAUAUUUUGAAUUGUCAACCACCUACUUUGUUGUUACCUCAUUUGGUGGAUUCUACCUUAAAGUUCUGAUUGAAGCUUUGAAUCUCUUUUGAAGAGGGAGGUAUUAUUAGACAUUAUUAUUCCUUUUUCUAUGUUAUUUCUUUUUCACUGUUUUUCUUUAAUUAAUUAAUUUAUUAUUUAUGAAUGUAAAAAAUAGUAUCCCAGUGGCAUAGUUCUUGUUGGGUGCAUAAUGGAAGGCUGAAGGACCCCCAUUUGUGUUUACCAUUUCCUUCUCGAAUGCAGUGAGCUAAUUUAUAGUUACAGAUGAUUCCUGAAACUACCUGCUGCAUGCCACUAGUAUCAAACAAAUCUUAUGGCUGAUAAAAACUCAGUCCUACUUUUUAGCUAUAGUUUUUUCCAAUUUUAUUUUUAGUGACAAAUGCAGUAUUAUUUUGUACCUCCUCACGAUUUCUUUUUAGUUAUCCUUCAUCUUAAUAAAUAUUGACGAGACCAUUCUUAGAGAAUGUCAUGAAAGAAAAAUACAUACUCAUGUAGUUUAUUUGCCUGCAUAAAUCAUACUGUGAAAAAAUUCGCAUGAAGAUGCGGAUUAAGACAUUUUCGAUGUUGAUUCACCUGAAUACUCCUGAAAUUUAGUUAGCCUCCACAAAUUUUAUAAGUAGUACCCCUACACUUAUUUUUAAACACUUAAAAUAAUUACUUAGUUUGAGUUUGUUAUUAUUUCAUACAAUCGCCGAAGUUUUGCUAGAUAGUGCUCAGUUUUGAUUAACAUUUUUUGAAUUAGUUACUCUUUUGCAACAACAAAUUUGCAAAUGGUUUAAAUUGAAUAAAACUCUGUUUCAAAGAGUUACCUAAGUAAAUCAUCCUGGGUGGGUAAAUAAUAGAGAAGAAGACUGAAGUAAAGUAUUCUUCCUGUCUCAUUUGACUUUUUCUGUUCUUUUCCAUUAUUACUGAAUGUUUUUCCUUGUCUGAUUUCUCUUUGAAAUUUGUGUAAUUUACUCUGUUGUAUUUGAAAAUAAAACUUGCUUUUGAAAUACUUAA